AUUAAAUUAAACAUAUUCAGUGAUUAUAAAUUUUCGAGAAGACGAGGAAGCAGCUGUUUUUAUUCUCAUAAGAGCAAAGCAAAGUUUAUUACAGGAACGAGCUGUAUUUGGACAUGCAAACCACAAAUUUUAUUUAUUUUAUUGACUUGGUUCAUCUUAACUCAACAUCCAACUAAAAAAGAAAAAAAGGCAGAGCUUAUGAAACAGUAUGAGUUCACAAACGAUACGCACCCCAGUGUCACAGAUUAUUCAUAACAAAGAAACUGUGGAUGAUGAAGAACCCAAGAAGAAAUCACGCGAGGAUUGGCGCAAGGCCAAGGAAUUGGAAGAAGCUCGUAAAGCAGGUACAGCCCCAGCAGCUGUGGAUGAAGAAGGUCGUGAUAUUAAUCCUCAUAUACCGCAAUAUAUUGCCAACGCCCCUUGGUACUAUGGAGCUCAAGGCCCCACCUUAAAACAUCAGCGCCCCCAGAGAGAAGAAGAUAAAGGAGAACUAUCUAAAAAGUUUCCGAAGGGUCUAGAUACUUCUCGAUUGGUUACUAAAUUUCGUAAAGGAGCCUGUGAGAAUUGUGGCGCUAUGACACAUAAACGUAAGGAUUGCUUGGAGAGACCACGUAAAGUUCUUGCAAGAUAUGCGAAUUCUUUAGUCGUUCACGAUGAACAUAUUGUGCAAGAUGAAGCCGUAAAUUAUGAUGAGAAAAGAGAUCGUUGGAGUAGUUACGAUCCCGCCAAUCAUCGCGAAAUUAUAGAAGAAUAUGAGAAGGUGGAAGAAGCUAAACGUCAAUUAAAAGCCGAAAAAUUAAAGAAUGAUCCUGAUGCGGAAAUAUCUGAUGAUGAUGGGAAUGAGGAUAAAUAUGUUGACGAAGUGGAUAUGCCAGGAACUAAAGUGGAUUCAAAACAACGUAUUACAGUACGCAACUUACGUAUACGUGAAGAUACCGCCAAGUACCUCCGUAACUUGGAUCCUAAUUCGGCCUAUUAUGACCCCAAAACCAGAUCCAUGCGUGACAAUCCAAAUCCACAAGUACCAGCAGAAGAGUCAGAGUUUGACGGUGAAAAUUUUGUUCGGUUUACCGGAGACACCACAAAACACGCUGGUGCUCAAUUGUUCGCAUGGGAGGCUCAUGGUAAGGGGGUCGAUGUUCAUUUAUUGGCUGAGCCUACUAAGCUGGAGCUAUUACAAAAGGAAUACGAGAAAAAGAAGGAACAGUUCAAAUCAAGUACGAAGGAACAUAUUGUGGAAAAGUAUGGCGGUGAAGAACAUUUGCAAGCACCACCUAAAUCGCUAUUGUUGGCCCAAACCGAAGAUUAUAUAGAAUAUUCGCGUAGCGGCAAAGUAAUCAAAGGAAUGGAAAAACCCAAAGCUCGCAGUAUAUAUGAGGAGGAUAUUUAUCUUAGUAAUCAUACUACCGUAUGGGGUAGCUAUUGGAAUGGUCGUUGGGGUUACAAAUGUUGUAAAUCGUUUAUAAGAAACUCAUAUUGCGUGGGUGCGAAAGAGCCUGAAGUUACGGCGGAUUUAAUGAUAUAUGGUCUUGAAAAAAAUAACUCAUUAAAAGGGGACAACACCAACAGAGAAGUUAGUGAAGAUAGUAGCAAGAAAUCUCUAGAAAAAUCGUCGUCAUCUUUGACAUCAUCAUCAUCUUCUGAAAAUGAAGAAGAGUUGCAGAAAAGAGUCUCGACGCAUAAAAAGACCAAAAAGAAAUUGAAAAAACGUGAAAGAAGAAGAAUGAAAAAACUAAUAAAAAAGGAAAAGAAACGCACAGAAGAACAACAAGAGGCGCUAAACGAAAAAAUUGCGGAAUCGCUAACAAUGCAAGAAAUUAUGGACGACCGUAAAAGACCUUAUAACAGUAUGUAUGAUAUCAAGGCACCUAGUGAACACGAAAUUGAGGAAUGGCAACGUAAACGAACAAGAGCUGAAGAUCCUAUGUUGCAAUUUAUAGAUAAAUAAUUGUACGCAAUGAGAAUUGUUUUCACUUCUUCCAUAAAUUAAAG